CAAAACGCAGCGUACGAAUUGUAGGCUCGACGAGUGUGUUCGUCAACACACACCUCAUUUAACACACGCAUGCGAUAAGCGUUUUACGAGCUAAGUAUUUGACACUGAUUUCGUUUAUCAUGGACUCCAUGUUGCUAUCUAGCGAGAUAUUUGGUUCUAUUGAAACACAAGUAGCCGAAGGCGGAGAAGCUGAUCUGCACGAACUUUUAAAGAAAUGUCAAAAAAAUCCGGAACAUAAAGAGUUUAUUCCGUACACACAUUUUAAUAUCAAUCAUCUACCUGAAGGCCUUAAAGAUGCAGACUUGUAUGAGUAUAUAAGAGCUGAAGGCCAUUUAACUGUGAGGGUGGAUGUCAAAAUGACCAGUCCACACCGUCCAAAGUUUUUGCCCAAUUCAAAUGUGCCCUAUCCCUACUACGAGCCGAAGAAAAAAGAAUCCCUGAGAUUUGGCAGUGGGGAAGUCUACAACGUUAUCAAAUUUUUAGACGGCAUUGGCCAAGACGUUCGUGGGCAUUCGUUUUUUAGGCAAUACUCAAGUUGCAUUUGCCCGAAAUGUUCUUUAGUACACAGCCAUGGGCAAAGUGGGGCACCCAGCAGUGUCUGGUGGGAGAUAAUCAUAAGAACAGCUACGCAUGUUGUCUUUGACGACAUUGAGGCUGAACAUACUAAAUGCAAAUUGUAUUACGAUGAGCAGAAUCACCCUGGUACCAUCCUGGAAAUUUCAGCGUUUAUGAUAGGACGAUAGAAACCGACUCGUUUCUGCUGAAGCUUGUGGUUUGUGAAGGAGAUUUAGGGGACGAGCUCUUUGCGAAAAGGAAGCAUUGCCGGGAGUUGUGGAGCAAAGUCUGCACCAAGUACCGUAACUCUGAAACCAAGCUGUGCUUCAUCGUCUCCCACCCUCACGGAUGCCCUAAACAGGUCAGCAUUGGGGAGUGGCUCACAAGUGUCAAAAAAAGAGAAUACAGCAAGGACUAUGACCUGACCAAGCUGACCUACACCACGUGCACCUGCCCAGGCAGCAGCGGAGCUUACGUCCACAGCAUCGGUCUGGGUGGAAGUCAUGUCCACAGAGGAUGUAACAGCUUUGGCAUAAACUUCAGCGGCCAUGGAAUACAGAUAAAGAAAUAAGCUGCAACGCUGUUUCACUGAGUCUUUCUAAGCUAUAUAAUUACUAGCUAUGUUUUACCUGGCUUUGCUCGGGUUUGUUUGUUUUUUUUUUUUUUCGUUUUUUUUAAUGCUGUAUUUACCGUGGCUACGCAGUCCCAGCUGUGACCUACAUAUUUUCCACAUCCAGGGCGAGCAUGACCAUUGUCCGUCUUAUAUGAGGCAUAUGGACUGUUUAAAUAGUUAAAAUCUAUGUCAAUACACCUAAUUUAGUACAAGGCAAUGUACAUAUCCUAAGAUCACGGCUGUAAUUAAGAAUCGUUAAUACAAAGUUUCAUUAUCAUUGGA